CAGGAAGUAGAGCCUCGUGCACCUCCGAUUCACGUCCGGGUCAACGCAAGAAAAAUGGCUGAGAAAAAGAAAGAGAAGAAUGAGGAAACAUUUGAUGUAAUGGACCUGGCAGAGUAUGCCAAGAAACAGAGGUGGUGGAACAAAGUUUUUGGAAAAAAGAACUCUGGACCCAUUGCAGAAAAGUACUCGGUGGCAACGCAGCUUGCAAUUGGUGGUGUGACAGGCUGGUGUGCAGGGUACCUGUUCCAGAAGGUAGGGAAACUGGCUGCAUCAGCAGUUGGUGGAGGCUUCUUUUUGCUUCAGAUUGCCAAUCACACAGGUUACAUCAAAGUGGACUGGAAGAGAGUGGAGAGAGAUGUGAAUAAAGCUAAGAAACAGCUGAAGCUAAACACAGAGAAACCCCCUCAAGAAGUGCGAACUAAAAUAGAUGAGGUACAAACAUUUGUGAAGAACAACAUUGUCCUUACUGGUGGCUUUGCUGGAGGCUUUCUGCUUGGCUUGGCAUCUUAGGAAGAUUCCUGUUUUCGCCUUCUCCCAAUAUUAAAGCUGCAUUGUUUUUUCAGCCAAAACUAGGGUUCAAAACAAGUAUCAGUCUAUCAUGUAUUUAAUUGUAAUUUAAAAGCUUAAUGUAAGACUUUGGCAUUUUAAAAUGUUUGUUAUGCUAUGGUGUAAAGUUGUAUGAUGGUAUAAGAUUGCAGAGUAUUGUAUGUAGACAUGUAUUAAUCAUUGGGAGUGAGUGGCAUAAUAUGCCCUGCACAGUAUCAUACUUUUCAGGAUGCCACUGGUCCUGUUGUUGUAGUACAGAAUCAUCUCCUUAUAAAGCACUCUUCAAAAAGUAAA